UCCUACUCACUCACUCACUUUCUCUCUCGCUCUCUCUCUCUGCUAUAAACAAAGACGUCUCGCAUACUUUCACCAGCAAAGAGGAUAAUACAUUCACGUUGAAAGCAACGCUUUCUCUCGCUCUCUACCCGACGACUCGCUGCUGCUCAGUCUCGUCUCGUCUCAAGUUACUCGGUUUAAAAAGGUGCUUCGCCAUUCUUGUGGGGAGGAUUUUUACCUUAGAAUUUCCCAGUUUUUUAACGAAGGAUACAACUACUUGGAGAAAAUUAUAAGAAGAAGGAGGAGAAGGAUUAAGAUUUGUGUCCUGCUUGGUGGGAGGAGGUCGUGAAGGAAUGUGAUGUGGUUCUGCCCAGAAGAACGUGCACUCAUGCUGCCCACCGCGUCGCUCAGAAGACUCUACUUUGUCAUCCUCAUCCUCGUCUUGCAGGCCGUCAUCCUUCCCCAAUAUGCCUUUGGGGCGGACACGGCGAAGGACAAUCCACGCCAGAGAGAGAAGCUGAUUCUCGACCACAUUUUGAGUGGGACGUACGACAACAAGAUUCGACCUUCCGGUGCCAACGGGACAGGCCCCACGAUCGUUAGUGUCAACUUGUAUGUGAGAAGCAUAGCGACAAUUGAUGACGUUAAAAUGGAGUACAGCGUCCAGCUAACUUUCAGAGAACAAUGGCUCGAUGACAGGUUGCGGUUCGACCAUCCAAAUAGUAAGCUGAACGCCACGAAUUUACGGUAUCUCACGUUAACGGACUCUGCACGAGUGUGGAUGCCGGAUUUGUUCUUUUCAAAUGAGAAGCAAGGUCAUUUGCAUAACAUUAUCAUGCCAAACGUCUACAUCCGGAUAUUUCCUAAUGGCGAAGUCCUCUACAGUAUUCGAAUCUCGCUCACACUUUCCUGCCCCAUGAUUCUGAAGCUCUACCCGCUCGACAAGCAGACGUGUUCCCUCCGCAUGGCUAGCUAUGGGUGGACGACUGAGGAUUUAAUAUUCAAGUGGAAACCACUGGACCCCGUCCAAGUCACGUCGGACUUACAUCUGCCUCGCUUUGCGUUGGAGGAAUUCACCACCGACUACUGCGACUCCAUGACCAACACGGGAACCUACAGCUGCCUCCGAGUUGACCUCCUCUUCAAGCGAGAGUUUUCCUACUAUUUGAUCCAGAUUUACAUCCCGUGUUGCAUGUUGGUGAUCGUGUCGUGGGUGAGCUUCUGGUUGGACCAGAGCGCCGUCCCGGCCAGAGUCUCCCUCGGCGUUACCACACUUCUCACCAUGGCCACACAGACGUCCGGUAUUAACCAGACCCUCCCACCCGUCUCCUAUACGAAGGCGUUGGACGUGUGGACAGGUGUAUGUCUCACCUUCGUAUUCGGCGCCUUGCUAGAAUUCGCCCUCGUCAACUACGCCUCUCGCUCUGACCAACACCGCGAAAAUGUAAAAAAGCAACGCCGCCAGUGGGAGUUGGAGCAGGCCGCGGCCCUCGAGGCGGCCGCCGCCGUCGCGGCCGCCGACCACAUGGAAGACGGGACCGCCGUCUUUGGCAUGAAACCCAUCGUGCGCCACCCGCGCGAAGCUUUAGCGUUGGAUAAAGCCCGCCAAUGUGAGAUUCAUAUGGCCAUGGCGCCAAAAAGGGAGGGUUGUGCACGCACGUGGCUUUCUAAAUUCCCCUCAAGGUCGAAAAGGAUCGAUGUCGUGUCCAGAAUUACGUUUCCGCUCAUCUUCGCCCUCUUCAAUUUAGCCUACUGGUGCGCCUACUUGCUACGAAAGGACGACUCUGAGACUCACAAGGACUAAAGGACAUUUUUAUUAUAAAUUUAACCCCCUAUUCCUCCCCCCAGAAAGUGGGUCGAAAAAAUAUACAAAGUAAAUUUUAAGCAUGCAGGACUCCAUAAUUAAUCACUCAAAUCGUUAACAUUCACACAUUUUUAAUCAUUUCUCUAGUUUGAGAAUUUAUUAUAAAAUUUUGGAUGACAAAUUUGUAGUAAGUUGAUUAAUAAAAUGGGAGUGAGUUUUUUUAAGUUAAUUUCGAUAAGUUACAAUUUUUCGGAAGGAUUCUUAAGCUUGAAAUCUCCUCCAAAACCUGCCAAAAUCCAGAGUGUAUGUACAUGUUUUCUUUUAAUGGGCAACUAUGUACACUACUACGUAAUUCGUCUUCCAGAGUUUUUAAAUUAAUUCCCAUAGAAAUGAUUAAAAAUGUGCUGAUUUUGACAAUGAGUCCUCCGUUUCCCACACUCUCGCUCUCUUUUCCGGAGAAAGUUUGUCAUUUCAGGUAGACAAGGACUUUUACUACUAAAUAAAAAUACUCAAUAAGUCAGAAUGGGGGAUACAUACUCAGUACAUUCCAUGCGUAGGGAGGGUCACGUGGUCACCAUGUCGCGUAACCACAACAACGAGAUUUUUCUAUAAUAAAGUGCGUAACUAUGUAUAUGAAAAAAAGCUCUCCUUAUUGACUAAACUAUAGGUGCCAGAAAAAAAACAUAAUUGUGUUUGUCCUUUACUAUCCCAAAAUUUGUCUUAUAUGCCGAAUAAAUUUUUGAAUAAUAUAGGUUCCCAGUAAAAAUUCGAAAAUCUUGUUUUGUCCCAAACUCCACAAUUUUAUAACGUGAUUGGUGUGAUUGAUAAGUAUUCGUGGUGCAAAAUGUGGUCACGGUGCUCGCAACUAACUAAAUAUUUCCAUUUUGUAUCGCUUUAAAAUUGUGAGAUGUAUGUAUGAAAUUUGUAUCCAGAUAGCACCGUUUUUCGUAAUUUGGGUGGUACACAAUUAUGUCACGCCAAAAUUGAAUCUGCAUUUUUGUACGAGGUAGAACCACUCAAAAUCAAGUGUCACCACCCGAUCUUCGUUCGCGUUAAGAUUAAUUUGUACUAAAUAAAUUGAAUACUAAGGAGAUUCGACACCGUACAAAUACUGGAAUUACAUUACGCUAAGUAUUAACCACUUCUCCCUGUGAUCUACGUAAUUAGGGUGUAAAAAUAAAUAUGUAUGUAUGUAGUCGAUUGAAUGUAUUUACCAGUAACACAAUUUGGACUAGAUGACGCAUCACAAAAAUAGUUAAAAUCACCACAUUUUUAAUCAUUUCUCAGCUCUGUAAAUUUAUUAUAAAAUUCUGAACAAUUUGCAGCCCGUAAUUUGCUUAAUAGAAAAACGACGAGUUUUUCGAGCCCGCUUCGAUGAUCCAGAAUUUUUCUGAAGGCUUCUCGAACUUGAGAUGUCUUUAAAAAAGUGUCAAAAUCUGGAGCGGAUAAUUUUUAAAGAAUUUGAAACUAACUGCUGUACAAAUUUGCCUUUCAGAAGUACAAAAUAAAUUCCCAGACGCGAGAAAUGAUUAAAAUGUAAUGAUUUUGACUCUUUUGGCCAUGAGCUGUCUAGUCCUAUGUUAAUAACGUGGAAAAAAGUUCGUCACGUAUUUAUUUAGCUGGCCAAAUCCGCCAUUAUUUUCCCCAUAAUUAUAUAAUUAAUAAAUUGUAGACGUAAUUUUUUAUAAAAAUCUUUUCAUCUAAUCCCCUCUGAGAAAUAUUAAAUCAAAAUAAGUACAUAAUUUGUAAUUGGUCUCUCUCUCUCUCUACAUUAAAUAAAAUGAGAAAUCCAAAAAUUAAGAAAUGCAUCCAAUUUUGUUGAAGAGUAGAGAAGCAUAUGUAUGUAUGUAAAAAUCUCAAAAAAUAAUACUCACUUUACUCUAAAUAAUUAAUUAACGGAGAGUAACGGUGCCCUGCCCUAUCCUUGGUAACCUGCGCCAUAGUUAAAUAAUAACAUUGGCGCAAAUUAGCAAAGAUUCAAGAAUAAGCCUAACCUUAACGGUUUCUUUGAAGAUGACGAAUUAAUACAACUGUUUCUCACUUUCUUCAUAAGUAAAACUCAAAGCCAUUGCUCGUAAAGCUUAAUUUAGGAAAAAUAUCUGUACGCAUUGUGUGCCCCGUAUGAAUAUUAUAAGUUCAUCCCAACCAUGUACUAAUUAUGACAGCAUUGAAUUAUUAUAAAUUAUUAUGAGAUACAAUAAACAAAUAGUUACAGAGAGACGAAUA